GGAGGAGCGACCGGAGAGUGCAGUUGAGCCGAGCUGAGCAUCAUAGCCCGCAUUCAAGGAAAGGGGCAAACACAGCACUUUUUUUGACUUUCCAUGACGUUCCAGUCGUUGUGCAGGGCAAGUAUUUAAUAAGAACAAAUAGAUAUUGUCGAUGUGGACACUAAUGGAAGCUGUGUGUCUUUGAAAGGCUGGGAAUCUCUGUCCAGUCAAGGGAGACCCCCUCAAUUGUUUCCUGCGCCAAGAACUGUAAAGACAUGGUCAUUACACUGCAUCUGGGAUGAACAGCAAGCCGUGAGCGUGAGGAAGUGUGCUGCCAAGCUGCCUCAGAGGAUGCUCCUAUCUACGGGGCCCAGUGUUGAGGGAGGUGCGCAGAGCCAACUGGUGCCCAACAUGUCUCACCACCAACACUACCAGCGAGGCCCCCAUGGCCGCACCAUGAGCUCUGAGGAGAGGAGCUUCACACCCAUCAACAAGAGCUCCACACCAGUUCACAAAAGCGCCUCCUCCUCUUCUUCAUCCCAGCGCGACAGCCGGCAGGAGCCAGACAGCUGGGAAAUCAUCGAGGGACUGAAAAUUGGUCAGAGCAAUGUCCAGAGGCCAGAUAAACAUGAGGGUUUUAUGUUGAAGAAGCGGAAAUGGCCCCUGAAAGGCUGGCAUAAGCGAUUUUUUGUUCUGGACAAUGGUAUCCUGAAGUACUCCAAGUCCCCCAUUGAUAUCCAAAAAGGCAAACUACACGGCAGCAUCGAUGUCGGCCUCUCAGUCAUGUCAAUCAAAAAGAGGGCUCGACGCAUCGACCUGGACACGGAGGAGCACAUCUAUCACCUGAAGGUCAAAUCCCAAGACAUCUUUGAUGCUUGGGUGUCCAAAUUACGUCAUCACCGGCUUUACCGGCAGAAUGAGAUUGUGCGAUCACCUCGAGAGGCCACGAUGCGAACGUUUCCCCCGCCAGCUGCCAUGGAGUCCCCACAACCAGCCUCAAGUGUGGGUCUUGAAUCCAAGCAGACUAAACCCAGCAGCUUGCCAUGGCAACCAGUGGCCCCCAGUAAUAGCAGUAACAACAGCCUGCCUGCCUCAUACAGCAAUGGCCAAAGCAAGGUGGUUGCCUGGCUCCAGGAAUCAGAGGAAAUGGACAAGUGCGCAGAAGAGCUCGCACGAUGCCAGUCCAACCUGACUGAGCUGAGCCGGUUAUUGCAAAGCCUGGAGAUUCUACAAAGGACACAGUCAGCCCCAAACUUCACAGAUAUGCAGACCAAUUGUGUAGAAUUGUCAAAGAAAGAAAAGCGCUUGAACAGAAGAUGGAGAACAAAAAGUGUCGGCAAAGAUGCAAAAUUCCAGCUUCAGGUCCCUCUCUCUGCCAGCAUGUCCCCUGUCCGCCUCCACUCAUCCAAUCCCAACCUGUGUGCCGAGCUGGUGGACUUUCAGCCUCCUGUGUCACGGCUGACAGACAAUGUGGAGUGUGCCAGUGACUACAUUAAACUCCAGGAGGAAUUCUGCACCAUCGCCCAGAAAGUCCACUCUCUGCUGAAGUCAGCUUUCAACACAGUGGCCAUAGAGAAAGAAAAGAUCAAGCAGGUUCUGUCUGACCAGGAGCAGUCAGACCAGUCCGCUCAGAUCAACUCUCUCAGGAAGUCUCUGUCACAGGCCCUGUCCCAAAAUGCAGAACUCCGAAGCCGACUUAACCGCAUCCACUCUGAAUCAGUCCUAACUGAACAAGUUGUCAGCGUGAACAUCAUUUCCACACCUGAUGAGGCUGGUGAACAGAUGGGGAUCCCUCUGACUCAGCAGGCCUCUAAUGAGAGUCGACUCUCCAUGUCGGAGUCUGUGUCUGAGUUCUUUGAUGCCCAGGAAGUGCUUCUGUCAGCCAGUUCAUCAGAGAACGAGGGCUCAGACGAUGAGUCAUAUGUCAGUGAUGUGAGCGAUAACAUUUCAGAGGACAACGCCAGUGUGACUGAUAACGUCUCCAGACAAAUGGCCAAUGGAGACUUUGCUGGCUGUGCCUUCCGUAACGGGCGGCGCAUCUGCCUCCCUGCACCCUGUCCUGACACCAGCAACAUCAACCUCUGGAACAUCCUGAGAAACAACAUCGGCAAAGAUUUGUCCAAAGUGUCGAUGCCUGUGGAGCUCAAUGAGCCGCUCAACACUCUGCAGCGCAUGUGUGAAGAGCUGGAGUACAGCGAGCUGCUGGACAAGGCUGCUGAGACCGAGGAUCCUUUUGAACGCAUGGUUCUCGUUGCUGCUUUUGCCAUCUCCGGCUACUCCUCCACUUAUUACAGAGCAGGAAGUAAGCCAUUUAACCCGCUACUCGGAGAGACUUAUGAAUGUAUUCGGGAAGACAAGGGCUUUUGUUUCUUCUCAGAACAGGUGAGCCACCACCCGCCCAUCUCUGCCUGCCACUGUGAGUCUAAGAACUUCACCUUCUGGCAAGAUGUGAGAUGGAAAAACAAAUUCUGGGGAAAAUCAAUGGAAAUAUUGCCAAUUGGGUCAGUGAAUCUCACGAUUCCCAGGUUUGGGGAUCACUACGAAUGGAACAAAGUAACGACCUGCGUACACAACAUCCUCAGUGGACGACGGUGGAUCGAACACUACGGAGAGAUUACCAUCAGAAACACAAAGAGCAGCGCCUGCCUCUGCAAACUUACCUUUGUCAAGGGAAACUACUGGAGUUCAAAUGUGAAUGAGGUCCAAGGAUUUGUGAUGGAUCAGGAAGGGAAAGUCAUUCAUAGGCUCUUUGGAAAAUGGCAUGAGGGUCUUUACUGUGGUGUCCCGCCUUCUGCCAAAUGCGUGUGGAGACCAGGCUCCAUGCCCACAGACUAUGAACUUUACUACGGCUUCACCAGGUUCGCCAUCGAACUCAAUGAGCUUUGCCCUGAAUUAAAAGACGUCCUACCACGUACAGAUGCCAGAUUCAGGCCCGAUCAAAGACACCUGGAGGAGGGGAACUUGGAGAUGGCGUCCUCGGAAAAGCAGCGUAUUGAAGACCUGCAGAGAGUCCGGAGGAAGUGGAACGAGGAGAACAACAUCAAACAGGAGCCACGAUUUUUCAAGAAAGUGGUUGAUGCCAAUCACAGGGAGAGGUGGGUCUCCAACAACAUGUACUGGGAGCUCCGCAAAAACCCCGGCUUCAUCAAUAUGGAAUCGACAGUGAACCUGUGGUAGCACACGGACUGCUAUCUCCAUCAUGUCACCAUCGCAGACCAGAAGGCGGUUACCUAUGCACAAUGAGGUGUUCGGAUAAACAUGUGGAUAAGAAGACAUGGCGGUGCAUGGUUCUGAGCGACUGCAGAGCUGAGGGAUGGCCUGAUGCCCAGCGACCGUGCCGAGGUUCUGAGGCGCUGCCACGUGGUCAUCCAUCCAUGGAAACACCCUCUGGGGUCACCUUCAUUGUGCUUAUUGAAGCUGGGUUGUCAGGGCAACAAUCUAACCACUCCCAUGUAGAUCUGUCCUCGGCUGUUUUAUGUCUGAGUAUGUCCUUGCCUUAAAAAGACACCCAUGAGUCACACCGUUUAGCGCAUUUUAGUUGAAGCCAUUUGAUUCCUGACAGCUGUUUGGGUUAGACUAGUCUAUAAAGUAGACCUUUUUAAUUACCUUCAAUACGUGCAUGUUUAGAGAGCAGCUCUCACUGGCAUUACGCCAUAUUUAAUAUAUCAUCAACUAUUGUAGAAAAAAAAAGAGGUAUUUUUAUAAAAAUAUCUUGGACUAAGAAUUUAGUGAAAGAAUAUUAUGUGAAUUGGCAGAUUUUAUUUAUUUUUUGCCUUUUAAUACUGUUGAAUUUGUGUGGACGCAGUGUUCUCUGUGGGAAAACCAUUCAUUUAAAAGUCAUCUUAGAGGAAGACGUCUUAACGGAGAGCAGGUCUCGCUGCUGAAUAAGUGGAAGACGUAAGAAGCCUCGUACAAAUUGGAAACUCCAGUGUCCAGUUUGACCUCAUCACACCGCUGUUUGAGCCUCGACCAUUUACCCUCGCCUGCUCCACUGUCACAGUUACAUAAAACCUGAAAAGGCCUCCUCAGAUUUUAC